CAAUAAAUCACUCAUGCAAUACUUGACGACUAUUGAUAAGGGUAAGAUUGCCUGAUAAAUGACUAAGGUGUACGCCUUCUGUUAAUUCUAGCCAGUAUCAAACAUUAAUUCUGUUUACCGCGAUACACGAAUUAGGACCAUUUGUUGUUUAUCAAUAAAUCAUUUAGUCAUAAAUGCCAUUUAGAAACAAUAGUUCCAAAAUGAAAGAUUUUAUUGGGUGUGCUUUAGUAUGUUCGAUUUUAUUAUUUAAUUGCGGUAACGUUUUAGGUCAAAGUCAGAACCUACAUAAUGACACUGAAAUAGUUUUUGCCAGUAUUGUUUUCAGGCAUGGAGAGAGAAAUCCGAACAGCGUAUGCCCAAAUGAUCAACACAAAGAACUACGUUACUGGCCUGAAGGCUUGGGAAUGCUCACGGAUAGAGGUAAAUUACAGCACUACGAACUCGGAAAAUGGCUAAGGAAAAGGUACGAUUCUUUGAUUCCAGGCGGUAUAUAUUCCAAAGAUUUGAUUUACGUCCAAAGCUCUGACUGGGACCGUACCCUGAUGAGCGCUCAGGCCAACCUCGCUGGGAUGUUCCCUCCGACCCAAAAGGAGUUCUGGAGCGACCUGGACUGGCAGCCGAUUCCAGUACACACCAUACCCAGUAGAUUCGACAAGCUAAUAGCAGUCCAUCACCCUUGUCCGAAACUGCUUGAAGAGAAACACAACAUCAUGCAUUCUCCUAUCGUAAAAAGGUAUAACAAACUACACAAGCAGCUGUAUGCAAAACUGACGAACGAUUGCGGCGAAUCUAUUAACAACGCCAAUAAUGUUGGAAGUAAAUAUACUACAUUUCUGAUUGAGACGCUGCACAACUACACGAUUCCUAACUGGGCAAAAGAUGUGUAUCCAGACACGUUGUACCGCGUUGGAACGUUUGGUUUCCAAACGCGCACGAUGACAGACGUAAUGAAAAGAUUAAGAGGAGGUCCACUUUUAAAAGACAUAAUCUCACAUAUGAAACAGAAGAGGGAUGGAACCCUCAAACCAAACAGGAACCUGUGGGUGUACUCUGGUCACGACACGACCGUAGCAGCAUUCUUGGACACGAUGAGGGUUUUCAAGCCCCACAUCCCUCCUUUCGCAGCAACGGUCAUGGUAGAGUUAAGGAAGAACCAAGACAAUCAACAUUUUGUUUCGGUGUACUACAAGCGUACUACUGAGGAACCUGAGCUACUCACAAUAGCGGGCUGCGAACCGCUGUGCCCUUUGGACAGAUUCGAGUCACUGUUGUCCGAUCUCAUCCCGGUCAACUGGGAGGACGAAUGUAAGACCACAACGUCUGUAACAGGAUUCGAGCCAGUUGACUAUGAAGACGAAUGAAGUAUACGCAGAAGAGAAUGACAAGACUUUUUUAUUUCACAGAACAGAUCUAAAUAUA